AUGGCCGUUUCAAUAGCGAAUAAAUUCUUGAAAAGCACUACGGUUGUCUGGCUUGGUUCAAACAUUAAUAGAACAAGUGAUUAUGACGAUGCUCAGCAACAGUUAAAGAAUGAUGUUGGAGAACAAAAAAUAUUUUCGGACAUCAAUGAGUGUACUGACUAUCUUAUGUCGACAAAAUUAAGCUCACAAAUUUUUUUGAUAGUAACCGACAUACUUCCGAAAUAUGUUAAUAAAAUUAUCGAUGACUUUCCACAAGUCUUACAAGUUUGUGUCAUUUUCACAGAUCCUGAUGAUCAACAGAAAUGGUUGGAAACCUGGGGUGAUGAUCGUGAAUGGGUCACCAAAGAAAACUUUUUAGUGUUUCACAGAAAACCUCUGAUUAAUGAUGGUAUGGCAUGGCAAUUAAUAGAAAUUUGUGCAUCAUUGAUUAGAAUAUUAACUAGUUUAAUUCCACUGCAAGUUUCAACUUCAGAGUGUUUAAAGAAACUCGACGAGGAUGUGAUUAUUGUUUGGCUUGGUUUAAGUAAUAUGAAUCGUCAAAUGAACGGUCAUUAUCAUUCAAUUAUUAAUUAUGUAAAAACAUUUGAUAAUGCAGACGCAUGCAUUGAUUAUUUAUUAUCAAUACCAACCGGCAAAAAAGUACUUUUUAUUUUGUCUAAUGUAACUGCUGAAUAUUUAAUUCCAUUAAUUUACGAAUUAAAGCAAAUAAGUUCUUUCUAUAUAUUAUUAGAGAAAGAUAGUGAAAGAUGGUCGUCGAUAAAUUGUUCCAAGAUUCAAGGUGUGUUUUUCGAAGAAAAACGUUUAUUCUCUAGAUUAACUAUUGACAUUGCAUCCUAUUCCAAACAUACAAUGAUGCCAACCAGUUUAUAUCGUUUUAAUUCGAAAGAAAAAUCAAUUCGAGAUUUAAGUAAAGAAAAUGCUGUAUUUAUGUGGCAUCAAAUGCUAUUAGAAAUAUUAAUAGCUUUGCCUCAAGUAAACGAAUCAAAGGAUCAAUUAAUAGACGAGUGCUGUUUAUGUUAUGAAAAUGACCAAAUUGAACAAAAGAAAAUUGAUGAAUUUCGAAAAAUGUACACACCCGAACAAGCCAUUCGUUGGUAUACGCGCGAUUCAUUUUUAUAUCGCUCUAUUAAUAAGGCACUUCGAACGGAAGAUUUUGAUAUUAUAUUUAAAUUUCGUUAUAUUAUUACUGAUAUACAUAAUCAAUUAAAACAGCAUUCAUUUUCUGAAAACGAAAUUAAAACUGUCUAUCGAGGACAAUUUGUUCCUAGUGAACAGUUCAAAAGAUUAAACGACAAUAUUGGUGGACUUAUAUCUAUGAAUACAUUUUUAUCAACGAGCACUGAUAGAAAUGUAGCAUUGACUUUUGCUGGUGAUGGAUCAGCUCGUCCAAUACUCGAAUCAGUUUUGUUUGAAAUAAAUAUCGACAAGAAAGUUCAAACAAAACCAUUUGCUAAUAUUGAAGAAUUAAGUUAUUACCAAGAUGAAGGAGAAAUACUCUUUUCCAUUGGUACUGUAUUUCAAAUCAAAGCUGUUGAGAAAUUCACCGAUGAUAUAUGGCUUAUAAAAUUGAAUCAAAGUGUUGAACAGGAUGAUCAAUUGAACAAGUUGAUGAAACACUAUCAAAAAGAGAUAAUGUUUUCAUCAUACCCAGCUUUGAAUUUUGCAGGGUUUUUGUUUAUGAUGGGCGAACUUGAUAAAGCUGAAAGAUAUUGUAAAAUUUUGCUUUCUGAAACAAACAGCAAAAAAUCGUCUAUUUAUAAUUUGCUUGGAUUAAUUUUAAAUGACAAAGGUGAACAUGACCAAGCUCAAACAUAUUAUGCACUUUCACUUGAAGAUCAAUCUUAUACAUCAGAUGAAUCGCUUUUUCUUCUACAUCCGGCUUCAACUUACAAUAAUGCUGGCUUAGCUUAUUUUUAUCAAGAAAAUAAUGAUAUGGCUUUAGAGCAAUUUUUAAAAGCAAUUGAUGCUUUAAGCACUAGAUAUUGUUUACCACUGUUAGCAAUAACAUAUAAUCAUCUUGGAAUGGUAUGUAGAAGAAUGGAAGAAUAUGCAGCUGCAUUUAAAUAUUAUUCAUUAGCAUUACAAGUCAAGAAAAUAUUCUAUCCUUCGUGUCAUCCUGAAAUGGCAUCGACAUACUGUAAUAUUGGAGUCGUUCAUUUUAUGCUUGGUUAUUAUGAAAAUGCGUUACGAUGUUAUAAUAGAGCAUUGGAGAUAGAGUUAAGAUGUUUGCCACCAACUCAUCCAGAUCUUGCUACAACAUAUCAUAAUAUAGCUGAUGCUUACAUGCGUACUGGACGUAUGCUUGAAGCUAUAGAAUAUUUUGAAAAAUCAUUGGCUAUUGACCUACUAUAUUUGCCAUUGGAUCAUCCGAACAUUAUCAACACAAGAUACAGCCUUCAUCUAUUCAAAGCUAUUCAUAAUACCUAA